AUGGAAGAAAGAUUUACCAGGACCGAUGCUGGUCUGCAAGACGUGGAUGAACGCCUGCAAGACCGUCUCAACUCGGUCUUCGAUCUCGAACCUCAUUUCAGUCUCUCCCCACUUCGAACAGCUGGUUGUGGGGUCCACAAUUCGAGGAGAAUAUUGACUCUCUCCUCCGCGCUGUUGUCGAUCGGAGCGAAGGCGGUCUCAAGGAGAUUCGAGUCAGACAUUGUACCAAUCGAUCUAUCUCGUACGUCGCCGAGAGGUACGUAUAGCAAGUGUCCUAAUCUCGAGGUACUUUGCGUCAAGUAUUGUCCUAAAGUUACAUACGAUUCGAUGUGGGACAUAGCCUUAAAGUGCCCUAAGCUAAAGGAACUUGAUAUAAGCUGCUCGUACGAAAUAUCUUGCGAGUGUGUAAAGAUGUUGGGCACGAAUUGCAAGAAUCUUGAGAUUCUGAAAUGGAGUUUGUUGGAUCCUUUAGAGAUCACGGAGUUAAAGCACACAAGGUUUGUGCCUCGUAACUAUCUGGAAAAACCAUCUAUUAUGACUUUAGGGAAUCUUCAAGUUAGUUAUAUUAGGAGACACAUGCAUCAGCUAAGGCACCUAGAACUUCGAUUCUCCACAUUGAACGACAAAGGUCUUGCCAAUCUUUGCAAAGCUUGUUCGAAACUAGAGUAUCUUGACUUGUUCGGGUGCAAGAACUUGACUAGCGUUGGUGUUACUACCCAUACUUCGACUUUGAAGAAUUUGAAGGAGGUCAACUUUUUCUUUUUGGUGUAA